GCCCGCCCCAGCGCUCCUCUUCUUCACCAUGGACAGUCUCCACUGAGCGCUCGGCCCCUGGCCACCGACCCGGCUGCUAUGGGAGCCGCUGGGCCCACACCACUCUUCUGGGCAGCCCUGGGCUGGCUUCUGCUCCAAGGUUUCUACUCUCAACCCAUAACAACCCAGACCUCUCAAGGAGUUUUCAACGGUCGCAGACUGACCACAGAGCCAACGUGGUCCCACACAGGAAACCAAUCUUCUUCAAAACCCGGCAGUCCAAGCCUCGUGUCCACCACCAGUGCCCCAGGCGGUGCACAGGAGGCCUCGCGGGGCUCCCCCGCGCCCCCUAAGCCUGUAGUGCUGAGCUCAAGCACGGUGGAUGGUCACUCCCCGUUCUUGCUGGGCCUGACUCAGUCUCAGACACAGAGGCACACUUCAGGACUCGGUGCAGACAGGGGGACCCCACACAGCAGAAGCAGCAGCACAAAGGGAGUUUCAGAAACAUCUCAAAACGCUACUUCCAGUUCAGUCACCGCGAGCCUGAGGACAAGGGAAGACUUGACCAUGGUGCCCAGCCCCACUUCAGAGACAGUGCUCACUGUAGCUGCCUUUGGUGUCAUCAGUUUCAUUGUCAUCCUGGUGGUUGUGGUGAUUGUCCUAGUUGCUGUGGUCAGUCUCAGGUUUAAGUGUCGGAAGAAUAAGGAAUCUGAAGAUCCUCAAAAACCAGGGAGCUCAGGGGUAUCAGAAAGCUGUUCCACGGCCAAUGGAGAGAAAGACAGCAUCACCCUCCUCUCCGUGAAAAACAUCAACAUGAACAACAGCAAAGGCUGCCCCUCCGCAGAGAAGGUUCUUUAAAAGCAGCUCUCGGUCCUGGUGAGUCCAAGGAUGUUGCAGCUGUUCCAAGACUGUGAGAAAGAAGAGGUGAUAUGGUAGAGGCAACAAAGCACAUAUAAAUUAUUUGUUUCAUGUCUGCUCCCCACUCUAACGGCCCCUGGAGCUGCUCUCGAUUUGGGAGUGGGCUACCAUGAGAGACUCUUGCCCAUGUGCAAGGCGCUCUAGAAAUCUGACCUCCUCAGAACCCCAGAAGUGAGGAGUUGAUACAGCAAGAGCAAGGAAGAUGAUGAGGUGAACUGAUCCUUUCUACUUGCAUUAAAAUCAUGUUCUGGCCUGCAGCCUAAUUUCUUUUAAGGUCUGUAAGAUUACCAUAGCCUGCCUAGCUGCCUUUCUGCCUUUUCUUGCUUUUUUCCUCCCCCCCUCCCCACACCCCUGUCUCUUUCUUCCUUCCUUUCGUGAGACAAGGUCUCACUGUGUAACCUUAGCUGGCCUAGAGCUCACUGUGGAGCCCACACUGACCUUGAAUUUGCAACCCUCCUGCUUCAGCCUGGAGAAUGCAGGGAUGACAGACCUUUGCCAUCAUGCCUGGUGCCCUCAAAAGCAUUCUAGCAGCUUGGGGCCCUUCUUUUGUAAGCCAGCCAUGUAUGUAUGUUCCUGGUCCUGUAGAAAGUUCUGGAAGUAACUUGUGAGGUGGAGAACUUCUUGUCAGGCCUGCCUCUUUUCACCUAGUUUAGUCAGUAAAGUUCACAGACCAACCAUCUCAAUAGAAGAGAGUAACAAGGGAAUGUGAACAGGGACCCACCAUCAGCAAUAUGGAAGCUUGAAGUCUGCAGAGCAAGAGAUAGGAAGCUCAGCAUAGUUAGACCAGAAAGUGCCAGUGGUGAGAGCUGAAUAACACAAAGACAAAUGUCUUCUGUCUGCUCCAGAGAAGCUAGGCAUCACUUUGGUCCUAGCCAUGCAAUGAGUAUUGGGAAAAUUUGUCUUGAGGAUGGAUCUAUAACUUUAUAUUGGCUGUUCUGUUUACGUCUCAAAAAGAGACUCAAGGAUAACAGCUUUACUAGGAAGUCAUUUGAAAAGAAGGGCUGGGAAUGUGGCUUAGCGGUUGAGUGCUUG